UGUCUCUGCCCUGAACAUUCCAGUUCCCUCGGAGGAACAUACAGGUAGCCGGGCUGGAGGGAGGUGCUAUGCGCACAAUGCGCAAACACUGCGCAAACUACACUAUAACUGGCAUGCUUAUUCUCCGACCGGUUAUUAUGGAUACGUGUCCUGGGAGAGGUGGGCGCCGGGGAUCCUCUCGACUUUAACACAUCCUCCGUGUCUUUAAUGAUGCUCAACUGGAGGCUCUGAAGUCUGCGCGCGCUGAUCAGUUUUUGGAGCCGCCAGCGCAGCGCUUCAGUUUGAAACGAGAUACCCCAUCUGGAGGACUGCGGGCAUCGUUUUCACAAAGUUUUAAGUUUUGCUGCCUUUUGUGUGUAUUUUUGCGUGGGAUUUCUUCGUCUGAAGUGCAUCCGAAGCUGCUGUUCAUAUAGUUUUUGCUUGUUUGUGUAACAUGGGGGAAAACGUGCGCAUCGGGCAACUCGUAUGUUUUCACUCCGUGGAAGUUUAGCCCUGCGCCCGCUCUCCUAAACUCUUAUCUUUGCAUUUUAUUUGGUAUACGUGAACUGAACGUUUGCAGCAGGGGGGAGUUAAAACGCCGGUAGGAAAUGACCAGCGAACUGAAACCACGGCUUUGUCUCAUGACAAAAGGAGAGAGCGGCUAUGGAUUUCACUUGCAUGGGGAGAAAGGGAAAAGCGGACAAUUCAUCCGCAAAGUGGAGCCCGGAUCUCCUGCAGAAGCGUCGGGUUUGCGCGCCGGGGACCGUGUGGUUGCAGUGAAUGGAGUUAAUGUGGAGAGAGAGACGCACCACCAGGUGGUACAGCGGAUCAAAGCCUUGGACAAUGAGACCAGGUUGUUGGUGGUGGACCAUGAGACGCAUGAAAGCCUGCGCAGCCUGCGCCUCACAGCCACAGAGGAGAUGGCCGUCCUCGGGGCCGUGCCUACUUCCUCCUCUUCUCCCCCAGCCUCCCCCUCACUUCCACCAUCCUCAGUCCCAUCUUCCCCAAGCAAGAAGCGAGAGAACGGCUCGGUGUCCAAGCAGCCGGUAACAGUGAGCAGCCAGGUACAGAAGCCCACCAGGAGGUCACCGUCAAAGGCUGCAAAAAAGGAGGCUCUGGCCCAGACUGAAGCCCACACCCAGGCCCAGUCCCAGUCUCAGUCCCAGUCUCAUUCACAGCCCCAAGCUGAACCGUCCGAGCUCGCUCCCCGCCUGUGUCACCUGGUGCGGUCUGAGACGGGCUACGGUUUCAACCUGCACAGUGAUCGAUCCCGGCCCGGACAGUACAUCCGCUCCUUAGACCCAGGAUCACCUGCAGACCAUGCGGGGCUCCGGCCACAAGACCGACUGGUUGAGGUGAAUGGUGUGAACAUUGAGGGCAUGCGGCACGCAGAGGUGGUGGCCUUCAUAAAGAAAGGUGGAGAUGAGACGUGGCUGUUGGUGGUGGAUCCAGACACAGACGAGCACUUCAAGAGGAGGGGAAUUGUUCCCACAGUCAGCCACCUCAGAGACUACGAUGGUCCAUCCAUAUCCAAUGGCUCUGCCAACCCUCACAUCAAUGGCAGUUCCACCACACAGUCCAUCAGGUCCACACAAUCUGACCUCAGCAGCCAGGGCAACAGCACACAGCUGGCGGACGAUGAGGGUGGCCGGCUGUUGGACCCAUUUGCUGAGAUGGGCUUGAGCGCUACAGCAGCAGAAGAAAAGAUGAAGAUCCAUUCCAAAGAGAAGAAGAGGGCUCCGCAGAUGGACUGGAUGAAGAAGUAUGAGCUGUUCAGUAACUUCUGAGAUGUUUCUCUCCGAGGACGCUUCAAACACAGAGACAUGAGCUUUUCGCAGCCCUCAGGAUGGAUGUGUUGGUGUUGUGGGAGAAGGUCCCUCUUACUACAGAGAUCAUGCUUUUUUUCCCUUAGAGAAGGAAUCAAGAUACAGAAGAAAAGAUCUUAUUCCUGAACUCAAAUGUGACAACAGGAAAAAGUUGUACAAAGGAUUUUACUUAGCCACUUCAGAGACUCUUUAACAGCCACUUUUCCCACUUCAAAGUGCUGACUGACUGCAAAAAACUAUGUACACUUUGCGAAAAUACCCACUUUUCUCUGACAUGUACUUCUAUCAGAUGGAGUAUUGCAAGUAAGAUUUUGCAGUUUUGGUCCCCAUCACUUUUUCUGUUUUAAUUAUGUCAUUCUCCCUACUCCUAGAGACUUAUUUCAAAAAAGUGUAGGAGACAGUUAUUUUUAUAUUUAAAAGGUAUAAGCCAAAAAAAAAAAUAAAAUAAAAAAACAAUGUAUCCUAUCAUUAUGACUGCAUUUUCAAGAGUUUUAUGGACACUGUGACGUUAAUGAUUGUGGACAUUGUGAGAGUUUUGGCCGAUUAGUCAGAGGCAGCCCAAAGUUGGCAGAAGAUCACUGUGAAAAUGUUGAGACCCUCCACCUCUUGCCCAUGCAGAUGCUUGAUAAUGACCACAGACAUAAAAAAAGGCUGUGUGUACUGGUUGUGUAUGAUGAAUCCUACAUAUAUUUGUACUUUUGCAUAGAAUUAAUUAACUGAUCACCUGAUCAGCCCUGCUUUAUUCCAAAAGAAGUCAUGUUACUUGUUACUUAGCACUCAUUCGUAGUAAGUGUACCACUACUAACCUCUUUUCCCAAAGUGCUCCACGUGCACGUGUGCAUCAAAGGGAAGCACCACUAACAUUACAUGCAUUGAUACAGCGAACAAAGGUAACUGGAAAGUAGCAUUAAGGAUGAUUUCUCAGGGCAAAUGGUUUGAGUGAUGAGCUUGUCUUUGGAGAGAGCUUGAUGUGUACAGCAGAGGGCAAACUUACACCACAAAUAGAGGCCCUUUUUGGCGCUUGAACUAAACAGAAUGGAUGUUUAUCCAAGCCAUUAUAUGGGGGCUGUGUGGGUCUGUUUCUUAGAUAUGAGCAGUAACUUCCUGCAGUCUUCACUGACUGUCCGGCUAAGGGCCAAAACACAGCACAUCUCCGUAAGGCUGCAAGUUGUCAUUUUUAUACUGUUUUGGUCAGACUAAGCGAACGAGAUGUAAGGUGUUAAUUAGUGGGCUAUAGAGGUGCUACAAGGUGGAUUUUGUUACAUUCUAAACAGAGCCAAGCUAGCUGUUUGCCCCUGUUUCUGCUUUAAGCUUAUUAACUGGAUGUUCACAGUAGCUUCAUGUUUACCACACACAUAUGAGAGUGCUGCAGAUGUUCUCAUCUGACUUCCCACUAGAAAGUAGAAUAAGUAGUAGUAGAAUUAAAGUAUCAUCCUAAAUGACAUACUAUCUCUUUAAUGGCCAAGGCCAGGAAAGAAAGGGAGAGAUUAAGGCUCAAAAGUGAGGCUAGCAUGUUUGAGGCUAAUGGUGGCGUGAAGAGAUGCGACCUGAGCACAAUGUUAGCAGGUUGUGGGUUUGUGGGCUGCAGGAGAAGCACACAGUGAGGUCAGAGAUGCUCUGGAGGAUCUACUGAAAGACACUGUGGGAGCCAUGGAGCUUACUGAGGAUUAUUACACACACAGGCGACAGCUGUCAUACAUAGGCUCACACACAUUUGGAGUGCAAUGUGUGAGUGUAUGUGUGUGUUUGUGUGUGUGUGUGUGUACAAUAAUGCUGCAUGCUGCAAUCCAAGCAAUGUGCCUGAACUGCAUUACAACAAGUGGGACUGCAAGCUGGAGGAAAAUGUCACUCAUCUAUGUGAACAUCUUGUCUUUUUUGUAACCAUUCACACCGUGUACUCAACACAAACAGUGGUGUCUUGAUUCAUCUUUGAACAUCAGUCUGUGUGCGCAGUAGGACUUACUCUGUAUGUUCUGACAGUCAUGGCAAAACAUCCUUAUUUUCUUGUGGCUGAUGUAUGUACAGGAAAAGCUGGUUGCAUUUUUUCAAUAAAGUGUGACAAUGGCGUUUUUUUGAA